AUGCUGUUUCCAGCACCUUAUGAGGUGCCGGAGAAGACGGCCAAGAAGGCGGCCAAAGGGGCUCGGAGGGGCCUUCGCCGAAAAGGCGCUCCGGACAUGAUGUCCGAAGGCGAAACUCGCUCCUCGUCCGCCGAGGACGAUGACGAGGAGGAAGGGGAAGACGACUCCCCACCCGAGGUGGGGAGGAAGAAGAGAACGGCCUCCACGCAUCUGGAGGCGAAGGCACCCAAGAGGGGAAAAGGCUUCCCCGCGGAUAACUCCGCGUGGGAUGUCGAUAGCAGUCCGGAGCGGCCUUCCUGGGCAAGGCCUCGGGCCGCAUCUCCGGCUCGGGACAGCUCUCUGCGAUCUUCAUCAGAAGGUUCGCUGGACCCCAAGGAGCGGGCCAGUAUGUCACCACCGCCCGCUUACUCCCCUUCGACCAAAGGUGAUGACGAGGAAGCAUCUCAAAGGGCCUCCUCGGACCGGGGGAGGGCUCCGGAGAUCGUCAGGGUGGUGCCCCAGGAAGACUCCUGGGCCGCCGGAUAUACGGGGGAAAAAGCCCCUGCGGAGACAGACGGGGCCACAACAGAGGUGGCGGCCCUCAAAAAGGCGCUGGACGAAGCCGAGGAAAAAGCGGCCAAGGAACAUGCCGCACGCGAGAAGCACGAGGCCCAGGUCAGCAAGAUUCAGCAAGAGCUACAGGACGCCAUCAAAAAGUACGAGUCCUUGGAGCGUGGCUCUAAGGCACAAGAAUCCGAACUUGCUAAGGCCCGCAAGAGCGUGCAAGAUGCCCGAGCCGAACCUCAGAGCGCCCUCGAGGAAGUCCAGGCGGACAAGAAGAUUACGGCGGAUCUGCCGCGCAGUGUAUCGGAUGCCGCCGAGUUCUACCGCGCCGAAGAAGGGAUGUCUACGAAGAAACUGUUCAGCUACUUUGGUCUUGCAAAUCGGCUAGUGAGUGCCUGUCCAUGGCUUGAAGUUGUGAAGCGGUCGGUCUGCAUUGAGGGUGCACGGAUGGCAUUCGCGCAUGUCAAGACUCACUGGGUGAAGAUGGAUUCUAAGAAGUUGAUGACCGAAGGGCGACCUGAGGGCAAGGAGCAUCGGUGA